UGGGAAUGAAAACAGCGUCGGACCGAUGCUGGCGUGAGGAAAGCUUCCUGUUUUAAAGGGAGUCUGCUCUGAGUGACUUUCCUCUCUUUUAAAAGUAAUUUCGCUAAGACAUUUAUUUAUAAUUUAGCAGGUCAAGAAGUGAUACAUUUGGAGCUAACCUAGGAUCGCCGAGGCAGAGCCAUGCCUUUCCUCCAUGGAUUUCGCAGGAUAAUUUAUGAGUAUCAGCCGCUGGUAGAUGCUGUCAUGUGUGUUAUUGGACUGGAAGAACGACAUGACAUUGGCGAGGAAAGGAGUUCUGAGGAAGAAUCCGCAAUUUCUAGGUCUCUGGUGGAGCUCCUGGAGCAAGAAUCCCAGUCAGAGGUGUUUGUGGAGGGGAUCAGCUAUGCCCUGUUCAAAAUGGCAGAGCGAGGUCUGGUGCAGCCAGCAAAAAUCCUCCUACGCUACGGAGCUGAUCUCAACUUUGAAGACCCAGUUUCAUACUACAAUCCACUACACAUAGCAGUUUUGAGGAACAGGCCAAACAUGGUGAAGCUGCUGGCCGGGCACGGAGCAGACAUUGAAAAGAGGGACAGAAUUCAUGAGAGCAGUCCCUUGGACCUUGCCAGUGAGGAGUCAGAGAGACUGCCCUGCCUGCUCGCCUUGCUGGACCUGGGUGCUGAUGUGAAUGCAAGGGAUAAACACGGAAAAACACCUUUGCUCCAUGCCUUGGCGAGCAGCGAUGGAAUCACCGUGCACAACACGGAGAACAUCCAGCUGCUACUUGAGAGAGGUGCUGACGUUCAUGCUGCGACUGUAGACGGUGAAACAGUCGAGUCGUCGUUGGUGUUUCUGGUGAAGGAGGCGCUGGGGGCUUCGGUGGAGGAUGCUGCUCAGAUUGGUAACUUCUGCCUGAAAACCACACAGCUACUGCUGGCUCACGGCGUGGACCCCAGCUGCUGUCUGAAUGAGGAUGGCGAGCCUUCCCUGACGCAGACGAGCCUGGAGUACUUUGACCUGCUCUUCCCCUUGGCUGUGCUCUUAAUUCAGAGCGGCGCGUCUUUGGUUUGCUCCAAUCACAGUGACUCCUGUUGGUCAGGUUAUAGCCUUCUCUUCCAGAGGCUCCAAACAGCCCUGCAGCAGUGCUCUGAUCAAACUCACGCAGCCGAGCUCUUGGAGCAGGCAGAGAUGUUGCUUGACCUGGUAAAGGUUCACAGCCCCAGGCUGCAUCUCUCUUGCGGGCUGCAGCUCCCCAUGCCUGGUCAGGAGUCUCACCCGUACGCUCAGGCUCUACUAAACCUGCACAAGCACGUAGCAGAGCGUGAAGCAAGCCCCCCUGCUCUGCGAUGCCUCUGUAGGGCGUUUAUAAGGAACCGCCUGAAGCCCUGGCCACUGGAAGACAGAGUCAAAGCCUUACCACUACCAGACAGACUCAAAUACUUUCUUCUUCCCGAGCACACGUACACUCCAAAGUCUGGCUGGGACUGCUUCAAGCCCCAGCAGAGCCAGCGCUGACGGUAUAAACUGCUUACUACUAUUUGUGUUGCUUAAAAUCUGAAGUGAAAGACUGAACAAACUCUGUAAUAAUUUGUGUAAAAUAUUUGAGGAUGUGAUAAGUGAAGCGAAGUCUAACAUAUCAUUGAGGCCUUUGUUUAAUUUCCAAAUCUGUGUUGCCUGUGCCAAAUUUACAGACAAAAUUGUGUAUAUGUUUACUUUACAAAUACAACAUUGUAAGUACAGAUUAGUCUUUGAGUUGUCACUGCCACAGUGAAAUGCUGUAGAGGUGAAACAUAUAGACACGUUUAUUUAAAAAAUAAAAUAAAAUAAAAAAUGCAGCACAAUAUGAAAGCCACCAGAUGGCAGUGUUGCUCCUGCAUUUUCAAAGGUAGCUCAGACUUUGGAAGACUUAACUAUUCACAGUGCAACCUAUUGAAGUUGUUCCAGCACAGUAGGGUCCAUCUAUAUUUUAGAUCCUCAACGUGACGGUGAUAUACUGUAGAAUUUGUGUAACUUCAAGCUUAAUAUGAAGAUGUAAUGACAACAAUAAUAACAAUUAAUAAAAACUUCCACCACCUGUGACCUCA